AUGCCGACCAGCGUCAAAGGUGCCGCCUGUGGGACAUGUCGAAAGAAAUGCAGGAAGUGCGGCCGUGAAAGACCAAGCUGCUCCCAGUGCACAGCCAAGGGUGAUGUUUGCGAGGGCUACCCGCUAAAAUUCUGUGGUGUUGCCAGCAGAGGGAGGCUGUCAGGGAAACUACUCCCUGUCCUUGAUAGUCCUCGACCAAACAAGAUCCGUCGCACUCGCCGCACUGAUGUCUCUAGUAUCACUAUCCCAUCCAUACCAGAGUUGGAGGAACCUAGUCUUGAUCUUGGAUCAGCCUCCACCCCUACAAAUCACUCAUCCCCCAUCUCUAGUACGCCCAACACCUCGCCAGAUAUCCGCCUGGCACUUCAGGAUAACCAGCAAGAAAAUUCCUUGGCCUUCAAAGACACCGUUCAACCUGUCGAUGAGGAGUCCCCACUCAGUAUUGCCAGUUGCCUGUCUCGAGAUGACGAGCUACUGCUCCCUUUGGACGCCGUCUCCGGCACAAAACGCGUCUUGGGCCAGCGAGUCCUGGUUGGUAUGAAGACAUACUUCUCAUCCAGUAUUCCAAUUCAAGAAACACAAAUUUCACGAUCGGAAGUUCCGUCAUUUAGCCGCAUGACCUGGGCUUCUCGGAUUGCCGCCGUCAAAUUCGAUGCCCUCCCAAGUUUAUCGCCCCCACUCGACACUGCAUCUCUACCAACAAACCUGGACCAGGAGCGCGUCCAAUUUCUCCUUCAAUAUUUCGACGAGUCAGUGUGCCCUAAGCUGGUUGUAGAUGAUGCUGCGUCUUGGUCCAAUCCCUUCCAACAGUACCUGCUCCCGUUGUCGCUGCAGUUUUCCGGAGUCUUGUACGCGGUAUUGGGCCUUUCUCUUGGGCAUCUAUCAAUCAAUCACUACGAUACACUGGACAACGAGCAAGAAGCCUUAGAGUAUCGGUUUAUGGCAAUCCGGCAGCUAAUUGAUUGGCUAGAAGGUCUAGACAACCACUCUACCGAUCCUUGUCUUGUUGAGGCCGGUUUAGCCAUAAUACUGAUUCUUGUACUGCACGAUGUCUGCGAAACCGGUGUAUCAGCUGGAGGUAUUCACCUGAAUGGAGUCACGAGCAUCUGUCGGAGGCAUUCCGAACUCCUGAAGUCUUCAUUAUCUGACCGACCAUGCAUGACCUUUUUAUUCGGUGCAUUAUCAUGGCUUCAUAUGCUACGUUGCAUACCCAGAACUUACGAAACACUGCUCCCGGACAGCAUUCGUGAGGCCGCGUACCAAGAGAUGUGCCCCAGGCUUUUUGAAUCCUUUUCAGGAUGUCCACUGAAUUUAUUUCUCAAGUUUUCUCGACUUCUUGAAUCUUCUCGGGAUUUAGGAUUAGUCGACGAAGAAGGCCGGAGGCGGGACAGUUUGGUGAGCUCCAUUCGGGAAGAGAUCCGAGUCUGGCGUAGAGAAGAGCUCGAGGGAUCCGAGUCCGAUCCGACUGGCGACUAUUUAGCCAAUGCCUUUCGACACAGCUUCCUUCUCCACAGUCUGAGAAUUGUGGAUAAAUCGUUGCCAGCUGAAAGUCCAGAGAUACAAACCUGUAUCAAUGAUAUUUUGAACAUGGGGUCAAAAAUUGCCGUCGGAUUUAAGGGAUCGAGAAGAUUAUUCUGGCCGCUAUUCAUGGCUGGCACAGAAGCCACCAUGCCCUAUCAACAUGACUACAUUCUAACAAGGAUUAAUUCGAUCAUUGAUGAUACGGGUUUUCGAAACCUAGCAUCUACCACCAUCCUGGAGAGAAUUUGGAAGGAACGCACGACGGGUUUGGGCGACGGCGUUUCUCUCUCAGUGCCGUGGACAGAACACUUGUCAAGACCUGGCGUUACCGAGAACCAUGAUUACCUUAUAUUCUAA